CAUUGACAGAUGACUGAGCAAGCUCGCUCAGUUUGUUGGUGAGUGGAGAAAACGCGGGAAUCGAACCCACGGCGUGGAGUCCACCUGCACAGAUGUCCAGCACGUACACGUACGCGUCCGCGACGCACUCCGCGCAGCUGCUGCGCCGCCUGGACGAGCUGCGGCGGCGGGGCGCGCUCUGUGACGUCACCGUGCGGGUGGAGGGCCGCGCGUUCGUCGCCCACCGCGCCGUGCUGGCCUCGUGCGGCGAGUACUUCGCGCGCGCGCUCCACGGCCACGUCGACGUCGUCACGCUGCCGCCCGAGGUAACGGUUAGUGGUUUCGAGCCCCUGCUGAAGUUGGCCUACACGUCUCAGCUGGUCUUCAGCAAAGACGACAUCUUGGAAAUCCGCAACUCGGCGUCCAUCCUGGGAUUCCAAGACCUGGACCAGGCGUGUUUCGACUUCCUGCUCCCCAAGUUCUGCCGCUCCAGCGCCGAGUCAGCGCCGCCGUCCCGCGGGAAGACUUGCUGCCACAAGAGACCCCCGUCCAAGGAGGACUCCGGCGCUGGUGAAGACCUCAAACCCGUCUGCCAUGCGUCUCAGGCCAGGACAUGUGGUCCCGCGCCUGAGGGUCCACACUUCACGCCGGGACCCAACAACGGCGAGAUCCAGGUGGCUCGUGGGGAGGAAGCGGACCAAAGCGGCAAAAGUCCGAGGUCAAGCAGCCAACAUGGCGCCGGUGGAAGGUGUGACCCGCAGACCGGACCGCGGGUUCAAGUCCAGAAUGAAGUGAAGAUGGAGGAGGAGAGCCAUCACUCUGUUGGAGACCAAGACCAAGGACCAGGAACAAGCUUCUCUGGCGGUUCUGCCGCGGUACCAGAAGAUGCAGAGACCGCAAAUCCGGACCAAGACGAGGUGGACCCCGGCAGACCUCCUUGGAAGGCCGGCGCCGCCCUGUCUGAGAGCGAGGGAGCGUCGCUCUACUCGGGCGAGGACGGCGACUCGGAGACGGACGGGGACAGCGAGGCGUACGCCAGGGAGCGAGCCAGACAGGUGCAGCUGCCCGUCUCGGUGGAUCGGGUGGUCACCCUGAGCAGGACGGACCUGCAGCAGCUGCUGAAGCGACAGGUGUUCACGCGCGAGCAGCUGGACCUGAUCCACGACGUCAGGCGGCGCUGCAAGAACCGUGUGGCCGCACGCCGCUGUCGCCAGAAGAAGCUGGAGUGCAUCUCCAACCUGCACAGGGAAAUACACCAGCUGAAGUGCGAGCGUGACCAACUGCAGACGGAGAAAAGCCACCUGUGCCAACUCCAGCUGACGACGCGUCACAGCGUGGACGUGCUGAGUCAGCGGGUCUGCAGAGAUGCACACCUGCAGCCCGAGCAGCUCCAGGUGUUAGCCAGGUACUCGCCCCUCGACUGUCCCCUCGUCCACCUGGACUCUCCCGCCAGGCCCGCAUCGUCGGGUCUGGACGGUGCCGCGUCAUCGGAGGCCUGCGGGGACGCCACCACGGGGGAGUGACGCACCCCUGGAUGACUCUCCUGCAUUUACUACCUGCUUUCUGUUCGUCGUGGACAAUUACGUUCACAACAUGCAGGAGUUUUGAUACUUUGGAAAAAUAAGCACAACUCAGGGUCGUUUUUGAGGAUUUCCAAGAAACAAUCAACCAAAAUGGCUGCCAAGUUGUUUACGACUGCACACUUAUGACCUGUGUGAGCUUGCGCCCUGUGCCAGAAAUUAACCUGUUAAUUCAUGAACUAAAAGUUAUAAAUUACUAACAUAAAAACCUAACUAUAACAAAAAAUUAUAAAUAAAAUAAUAUUCAUAUUUUAAAUUUUAUUUUAUUUUUAAAUUAUUUAUUAUUAACAUAUAAUAUUGAUUAUAAUGUGAAUUUAUUUGUUUUAUCAUACAUUUUACUAUUAUCAAUAAUAGUAACAAAUAAUGAAUAAAUAAUAAAAGGCUAAUAUAAAAGUCAUAAAAAGUACUUUUAUGAACUAAUGAAGUGUGUUUCGUUCUAAUGUACGCAGCGUGCGUAAAUAUUCCUAUUCAAAGAUCGUCAUUAGUGCAGCUGGACUCACACUAUUUUGUCAAAUAGCAAUCGAGUCUAUGAAUAACACCGCUGUGAUGCUGCCGCCCUCUAGCGGCGCUACCUGAGCACUGCAAGGACUUGUCGACCA